CGGUGUGCAGCAAGCUGUGCUACGCCGUCGGGGGGGCUCCGUACCAGAUCACGGGCUGCGCGCUCGGCUUCUUCCUCCAGAUCUACCUGCUGGACGUGGCGCAGGUGGACGCUUUCUAUGCCUCCAUCAUCCUCUUUGUGGGGCGAGUGUGGGAUGCCAUCACGGACCCCAUGGUGGGGUUCUUCAUCAGCAAAACUCCCUGGACCCGCUUCGGCCGCCUGAUGCCCUGGAUCAUGUUCUCCACCCCUUUCGCCAUCAUCUCCUACUUCCUCAUCUGGUAUGUGCCAGACAUCUCCACAGGACAAGUGAUGUGGUACCUUGUCUUCUACUGUGCCUUCCAGACCCUGGUGACGUGCUUCCACGUGCCUUACUCAGCCCUCACCAUGUUCAUCAGCAGGGAGCAGAGCGAGCGGGACUCGGCCACUGCCUACCGAAUGACCGUGGAGGUGCUGGGCACCGUGCUGGGCACUGCCAUCCAGGGCCAGAUCGUUGGCAAGGUGGACACUCCCUGCGUGGGGAGCCCCUUCUUCUUCAGCUUGACCAACUCCUCGGUGGCCAUGGAGGAGCUGAACAUGACCCACGACACCGGGGGGCUCACAGACACUAGAAAUGCCUACAUGAUUGCUGCUGGGGUCAUCGGGGGGCUCUAUGUCCUCUGUGCCUUCAUCCUGGUGCUGGGCGUGAGGGAGAGGAGAGAGUCCUGUGAGCUGGAGUCGGACGAGCCUGUCUCCUUCUUCCAGGGGCUGAAGCUGGUGAUGAACCACCGGCCCUACAUCAAACUCAUCGCCGGCUUCCUCUUCACCUCGCUGGCCUUCAUGCUGCUGGAGGGAAACUUUGCCCUCUUCUGCACCUACACCCUGGGCUUCCGCAACGAGUUCCAGAACAUUCUGCUGGCCAUCAUGCUCUCGGCCACCCUGACCAUCCCCUUCUGGCAGUGGUUCCUGACCCGGUUUGGGAAGAAGAGUGCUGUCUACGUGGGCAUCUCAUCUGCCAUCCCCUUCCUCAUCCUCGUGGUUCUCCUGGACAGUAACCUCUUUGUCACCUACCUGGUGGCCGUCGCUGCUGGCAUCAGCGUGGCAGCUGCCUUCCUCCUGCCCUGGUCCAUGCUGCCUGAUGUCAUCGAUGACUUCAAGCUGCAGCACCCCAGCUCCCACGGCCACGAGGCCAUCUUCUUCUCCUUCUACGUCUUCUUCACCAAGUUCACAGCUGGGGUGUCCCUGGGCAUCUCCACGCUCAGCCUGGACUUUGCAGGGUACCAGACCAGGGGCUGCUCCCAGCCUGACCAGGUGCACUUCACCCUGAAGAUGUUGGUGUCUGCCGUGCCCGUGGGGCUGAUCCUGCUCAGCCUGCUGCUCUUCAAGCUCUACCCCAUCGACGAGGAGAAGAGGAGCAAGAACAAGAAAGCCCUGCAGGAUUUAAGGGAGGAGAGCAACAGCAGCUCCGAGUCGGACAACACAGAACUGGCCAGCAUCGUGUGACCCGGGCUGGGGCUGGCUGCUCACCCUGGGCUCCCCAGGCUGGAGGAGCCGUGAGGAGCAUGCACUGCCUCCAACGUGGGACCUGUGCCUGUCCUGUGCCUGGCACAGGGCCCUGGAGGUGCUGGGGGAGCAUCCACUGCCUCCAACGUGGGAUCUGUGCCUUGCACAGGGCCCUGGAGGUGCUGGGGGAGCAUCCACUGCCCAGAACUUGGGAUCUGUGCCUGUCCUGUGCCUUGCACAGGGCCCUGGAGGUGCUGGGGGAGCAUCCACUGCCCAGAACUUGGGAUCUGUGCCUGGCAUGGGACCCUGGAGGUGCUGGAGGAGCAUCCACUGCCUCCAACGUGGGAUCUGUGCCCAUCCUGUGCCUUGCACAGGGCCCUGCAGGUGCUGGGGGAGCAUCCACUGCCCAGAACUUGGGAUCUGUGCCUGUCCUGUGCCUUGCACAGGGCCCUGGAGGUGCUGGGGGAGCAUCCACUGCCCAGAACUCGGGAUCUGUGCCUGGCAUGGGACCCUGGAGGUGCUGGAGGAGCAUCCACUGCCCAGAACUCGGGAUCUGUGCCCGUCCUGUGCCUUGCACGGGGCCCACAGAGCACUGGUAGUGUACAUUACACACAUGGUGGUGCCUCCCCAGGGCGGAGCACUCUCCCUGCUGGGCUCUGGAGGGCAGGGAAGCCCAGCCUGGGGUGGUUUUGCCAGGACCAGCCGUGCCUGGGGGUGACUGUUAGUGUACAUUACACUGUGCCCAGGACUGAGCUCACCUCUGCUGUCUCUACAGAGGGCACUAAUGUGGGACCUGUGCUUUUUUUACACAGCCUAAUUAACUUAAUGAUGUAAAUAUGAAGCUGCUUCCUGUUUGUAUAUAUCUGUACAGAGCCCAAACCCGAGGACCUGUUAAUAUUGAUUUACAUAAAAGUGGGGGAAGU